AGGCACGUAGGUCGACGGGGGCCCGGGACCUCAGUAAUCCUCGAGCAGGCGAAGAGGGAGGAGCAGUGCCGCACCGCCCUGGCACCACCACCACCACCCCCCCACCCAGUGUCUGCCGGGCUGCACCACCUUACCUCACGCAUUUCGGGGCCCCGCCCUCACGCACCCACCCGCUUCAAGGCUCCCCUGGUACCCGCCGGCACACUCGUCGGGCUAGGGUGUCGCGACUGUGGGUGUAGUGAGUGUAUCCCGUGGAAGAGACUCGAACACGCGCGACACAUCGACACACUGCGUUAAAGUGGCCACCAGUGUUUGUUUGACUGACCCGUGGAGAUAAUAAUUGACGUGAACCCUCGGCCCAGCCUCACCCCGGGCGUGUGUGCCUGAGCCUGUGACAUGACUGUGCAAGUAUGUGUGCGAGAGUGAGACGGGGGAGUGAGUGCCUGUGUACCUGUGCUCUUGUGGGUGUGAGAGUGUGAGUGUAUGUGUGUGUAUGUGUGUGUCGAGGCUAAGAGCAGGUGUGUGUGAGUGCAAAUAUGGCAUGGGGUUGGCCGUAACUGCCCCGCACACGCCGGCACACGACACCUGCAGCUGGUGGUGAGCCGCGGGGCGCUCCUCGCUGGGCCUUACCUGGACCUGACACACACCGGGAGGCAGGCGAGGCAGGAAAGAAAGAAAAAGAGGGAAUAAGUGUAGACAAAAAAAAAGGGAAGACCGACAGAGACAGGCAAGAAGAAAGAGAAAAAAGUGGAGAGUGAAAAAGGAAGGAGGAAGAAAGGACAUCACCACCACCACCACUACUACCACUGUCCUCACCACCACGGCCACCACCACCAACACCACCUGUCACCGAAAGCUCCUCAAGGUCGUGAGUGCCGAUUCCAGAGCUCCUGCCGCGGUGCCAUCACUACCAACACAACCACCACCAGCCUCACCACCACCCUCCACCACCACCCACCCGCUAACAAUCAGCCUUCAAAAUAUACGCACUCUCGUACAAACAUACACGCUCACAAACACUCACGGAAACAACUUCGAAAAUAUCAACAGCGUGUGAGUUGGAGAAUCGCUUAACGGCAAGGAAAAUAAACUCCGAGGGAAUGGGUUGGUAGCCAUGGAGGUGCGUGGGUACGGGCGCGCCGCUGAGGAGGACUCUGGCCAUCCUUGGAAGAAGCACCAAGUGGGUUAAUCCCGAGGCUUGGAAAACUGCAGCACCAGCACCAGUAGCACCAGCACCAGCAGCACCAGCCUUCCCACUUUCCCGACCCGAGGCAGAUGAAGCACCUCGCACAAGGGCAUCCUCCCGGGCCAACGAGCCUCUGAACUGGAACAAUUUGGAAAGCAGAAAUCGUUGCGAGGCAUAGAAAGUCUUGUCAGGAAUCCCGGCGAAGUGGUGUUCCCGAGCCGCUGGUUGCAGGGGAAACAGAAGCAUCGCCCGGGCCUUCUUUUGUGUGUUUUUGUGCUGCAGGAAUAACACUGGCAGAGCGGCGGAGGGGGAAAAGACAGGGAUAAAGAGAGGCGGCGAAAAGAGUGGAGAGACAGAGGGGGAAAAGGAACCCAAAAAGCUGCAGCAGUCCUAUUAGCUAAGCCUCUCGUUUGCUACAAUAAUAAUAACAAUAGCAUCUGAUUCCACGCUGACUCGCUGGAAAAAGAAACACUGCACACCUGAAAAAAGAAAUAAUAAUAAUAAUAAUAAUAAUAAUAAUAAUAAUAAUAAUAAUAAUAAUAAUAAUAAUAAUAAUAAUAGCAACAGGGUUUUAACUGCAAAGUAAAGAGGAAAAAACGUCGGUGUUCUCCCCUCGUUGACCUUUCACGCUCCUCCCUGACCCCUGACGCCCCCCCUGACCCCCCUCCCUCCCUCACGCCCCCUCGCCCGCGGCUGUUUCCCCCCCACCACCGAACCCCUCCACAACACCCACACACCCGCGCAAGCAUGAGGCCUCUACUACCCGCCCGCCGAGUGCUCAUCCGGGUAGUGGUGAUGAUGGUGGUGGUGGUGAUGAGGGAGGUGAAGGGCCAGACAACGACCCUACACACCACCACCACCAACACCGCCACAGCGAGAACGACAACGGCGACUGCGACUGCGACUGCUUCAACGACUUCGCCCUCCGCCACCACGACCACCGCCGCCGCGACCCACGACUACCAGCCCGCGACCAUCAUUAUCUCCUCCUCCUCCUCCUCUUCCUCCUCCUCCUCCUCCUCCUCCUCUUCUCCAGCCUUAUCGUCGCUGUCGGAUGCAGCGACCCACCAAAUGUCGCUACCAGAUGGCGACACUCUUACACCCACCACCACCGCCGCCGCUGCAUCCACGACCUCCAGUAACGUGCAGCAACAGCGGGUCCCCUCAACGCCUGUCCUUCCCCCUACCACCACUGUCCCUCCUCUCCACGGUUCUACCACCCAACCUCCUCGAUCCAGCGAUACACCGUCUAUACCCUUCUCUCCCUCCCCCACGGACCCACCACUUACCACAAUAUCCCCUCCACCGUCACCUGAUCCCCCACACACUACGCUCUCUUCUCCUCCUCGUUCUCCACCUCCUGAUCCUCCACUUAGCCGACCUGCUCCUCCUCAUUCUUCCACUGAUUCGCCGUCUUCAAGUGGGUCUCCUCCGUCAUCCACUCACCCGCCACCCGCCACUGUGUCCCCGUCUUUCGUCAAUCCACCUUCCACUAAAGUCCCCCUUCCACUUUCUACUGAUCCACCCUCAUCCAUGAAUCCGCCUCCACCAGCAUCCACCUCCACGCCGUCUCCUUCGUUAGUUACCGUGCAGCCCAUGCCCACCACUACUGUUCCUCCACCUCUCUCCACCACGGCACCACCCACUACCACCACCACCACCACCACCACCGAAGAACCACAUCCCUCCCUUGUAGCAGAUUGGUCUCCCUCCACCUCGGACGUCCCUUCUUCCACUAAGCUUCUACAUCCACCACCUGCUACUACAGUCACUCCUCCACCUCCACCCACCACCUCCACCCCUACCACUACCACCACCACUAGUACACCAACCUCAGCACCUCCUCUACCCUCGACCAGAGCCCCGCCACUACCCUCAUCCAUCACCACCAGUCCACCACCACCACCACCGCUUUCCACCACAAUCACCAAGUUAUACUCCACCAUAACACCACCACAAGCUGCUGCAGACUACAACACACCACCCACCCUCACCACCACUGCACUACCAUCGACCCUUACACCACCACCACCACCCGUUUCGUCAUCACCACCCCCUCCCCCGCCACCACCACCACCACCUGUAGCCACCACCACCACCACUACUACUACCCAGCCACCACAGGAGUACCCCCGUAGCUUCGCCCAUGCCAGCCACCUCCGCCAGAGACCUUACUUCCCUGCCUUUCGAAGUACCUCCUCCCCCACUUAUUCUGUCGCCUUCCCGUCCCUACACCCACCCGCCUCGUUGUCCUCCUCCACCUUCCUUUCCUUCCACAUCUCCUCCUCGUCCUCAUCCUCAUCCUCCUCGUCCUCCUCCUCCUCGUCCUCGUCCUCCUCCUCCCGCACCCCCAUCAGAAUCGAAAGGACCAUCCCCUCCACGGCUCCUCCUCCUUACUUCGACCCGGCGGCGCCCACCAACAUCUCGGCGCAGCUCGGGACACACGCCUACCUCCCCUGCAGGAUCCGGAACCUCGGCAACCAGUCGAUCUCGUGGGUGAGGAGCCGCGAUUCGCACAUCCUCACCGUCGACCACUACACCUUCAUCUCCGACCAGCGCUUCCAGGCGUGGCACGAAGCAGACUCGGAGACGUGGACGCUGCAGGUGAAGUACGUGCAGGAGCGGGACGACGGACGGUACGAGUGUCAGGUGUCCACGGAGCCCAAGAUGAGCCACUUUGUGCGCUUCCACGUCGUCACGCCUCUGAUCCGCAUCCCCGGGGGCCCAGACAUGUUCGUGAAGAGCGGCAGCACCGUCACCAUCAAGUGCAUCAUCACCGCCGCCCUCGAGCAGCCCGACUACAUCUUCUGGUACCAGGGUCAGAAGCGAGUGGUGGACGGUGAGGGCGGCGGGUGGAGGAUCGAGCUGGAGCGGGUGGACGGGGAGGAGACAGUGGGCACCCUCAUCAUCCCGUCAGCCUCGCCCCGGGACCAAGGGGACUACACCUGCGCGCCCGCCACGCUGCCCAACGCCACCGUCACCCUCCACGUCCUCAAUGGAGAACAUCCAGCAGCCAUGCACGGCGGGGGCCCUGAGAGCAGACCCUCCCCGUCCCCCCUCUUCCUCUGCUGCCUGCUCACCUGCUGGCUCCUGGGCCGACCCCUGACGCCCUCGCUGUGCCCCAGGUGAUCUCAGCGGCAUCAGGGACACCCGUAGGUGCCGCAAAGAUCCUCUUCUCUGAGGCAGCAAGAGGAAGGGGCGCCGGCUGAGUCGGGCCACGUCGUGCCCCUCGUGAUAAUCAUGAUGUGGCGCCUCGGUGGACCUUAUAUUUUUGUAUCCUGUUAAAGACUUUGACUUAAUCGAUGUACGUGACCUGUUUAAGCUGUCUGUGGUCUGUGUGAGUGCCGGCGGAGUAGGCGAGGGAGCCGCUGUUCUCCACAAGAUGUAUAUAAACUACGGCGUCACGCAGGCCCGUGGCUGGCGGGCCAUGGCGCGGCAGCAGGCGAAGGACUCCCACGGGCAUUCCGGUUACGAUACGAAGUGAGAGAGACUUUCGAAGUAUAGAUAAGAUGCCCGGGAGGAAGGUAAGCCUGUGGAAGCAAUGGAAAUAGUGUGCAAUUAUUGAAUUUCCCUGCAUGAAGGAGGAAAGAGCGGCUGGGGCAAGCAAGGACCUCCACUCCCGCCGCCCCGCCCCGCCGCGCUCCGCCCCGACCGGCUGUGUUGAGUAACGGGACCUGUUCUGUGUGAUGAACCUGUACUUGCAUAGGCAUCAGGGGCAUCGCUCGUCAUAAUGCAGUGAAAGGCAGCAGUCAUUAAGAAAAGUCAUUAGUGUCCUUCCCAUCGGUCAUAUCAUUACCCUGAUUACCUUCAUUCUCGUCGUCGGCGCCAUCACCAUCCUCACCAUCACCACCCUCACUGUCAGCCCGUACAAUCAACAACACCAUCAGUCACCAUCAUUGUCACCGUUUUAAUGAUUUCUUCCCCGAGCUUUAAUUUAUAUAUUUUUUACCUGUUUCCUGCUAUGAUGAUAAUGCGACUCUAAUUAAUGAGAAUAGAUAUUGCAGUGCUGUGUUGCCAGAUCCCCUUCGUCUCUCACCCCUUCCCCCCUCUGCCCCUCCUCUGCCCUGCCCAGCAACCUCACACAACACAGCACCUCCUCUAGUCCACACACGUGACCGCAACAGGAACCACAGUAACCGUAACCGCAUCAGCAUCAGCAGUACUCCUUUUUACGUUGUGUCAUCACGAUUAGCUUGUGACUCCUCUUCAUUUCAUUGCUAUUUAGUUCUGGCAGUUGCUCAUAAAGUGUUAAUGAUGAUGAUGAUGAUAACAAUGAUUGCCUCAACCUAACGUAAUGAUGAGGCCAGCCAAGGAGUGAAUCAAGGCUCUUUUUGAUCAAGACAAGGUCAUUGACGCUCAUUAACACACACACACACACACACACACACACACACACACACACACACACACACACACACACACACACACACACACACACACACACACACACACACACACACACACACACACACACACACACACACACACACACACGCAGACACGCACACCUUAAUGACACACCUAGCGUUACCUGUGUAGUCACGUGGUAUCUCCCUUGAGUCUGUAGAUACAUUUAGAGGUCGAUUAAGAAAUGUUUACCCCUGUGUGUCCCCCCAACGAGUCCUCUCCGUCACCUUACGAGUCUAUUUUGUAUACUGUGACAAGUUUUUUCGGGGUUUACAUGCUGUCUCGUGAGUACUGGAAACCGUGGAGGUAAACCCUGACACCUUUCUCGUUCGUACCCUUCAAGCCCUGUUGUGUCUCCACUGGCGGAGGGCGCUGCAGGCCGCCAAGCUGUCCCAUCGGUGUUGUGGGUCUCGAGUGAGGACGCAGAUCCGUGAGUGUGUGACUAUUCUACAGAGUGACAUUUCUCAAGUGAUGACUCGGCUGUGUAAAAGUAUAUUAGGAGAGCGAGUAGUCUAGAUGGUGUGCAGGCCUGUGAAUCGGACGCGAGAAGUCCAUCUUGGUCAAAUGAAAAGUAAAGAGGAAAUAAAAUACCAGACCAAUCAGCUGUGUGGGCUGCGUGGACACGGGCAGCCUGGAAGACGAAGUUUCUAAAGCUUUUGGUGUUACGAGGUCAUCUGGGUCACCACCAACUCCUUGCAGGAAGUGGUCAUAUCCUUUUCUAUUUCACUUCGUUGACUGUUCAUUUCCAGCCUGGCCGGAGCCGGGUAGCCAUAUGCCGUUCAUAAGGCCUAUUUGUUAAACGAUUUUGUCAUGUAAAAAAAAUGUGUUGAAAUACAGUUGAAAGCUUCGUA